AUGUUUAAAUCAUCAACCAUCUUUGCUGUUUUUGCCAUUAUUCUUUGUGCUGCCGUUGUUGCCAAUGCUGCUAUUACCAGUGUUGUUCAAGAAGGCAAGAAAUUAACUAUCAAUUACUCACCAAUGACAAUGAUUUGGUUUGAUAAUCAACUUAUCAACGAUGGAGUAACCUAUGAUGUCAAGUCAUACUGCAAGGCAAUGUAUGGAUGGUCACCAUUAGUUUGCAACUUGCCAUCUGUUCCAGAUUGUGAUACUAUUCGUCUCUAUGGUUCUGCUGGUAUCGGUGCUACUAAUCUUCAAAUGCUUUAUUCUUUUAAUUGUACUGUCGUUGCUUAA